AUGUCCGGCCUUAGCUUAGGUUACUCGGGCGAUGCCCUGGUUUCGCAGGGCACAGCGUACGGCCUGAUAUGCGGACUGGGCGUCGCCUUCUGCGGCGUCAUCUUGGUCGCCAUCAAGGUCCAGAGGCUCUACCUGGCAGAAGACUCAGGCACCUCUGAGAUGUUCAUGGUCGCCAACCGAUCGGUUGGGACGGGAUUGACGGCAUCGGCGGUGUUUUCGUCUUGGAUGUGGAUCAACGAAACAGUCUUCGCCGCGGUGCAGUGCUAUCGAUUCGGCAUAUCCAUUCCCAUGUGGUGGGGAGUCGGCCUCUGCUUCCAGAUCGCCCUGAUGGCCGCGUUGGGCGUGUUGGCCAAAAUCCGCGUGCCGUACGCCCAUACUUCGCUGGAGAUCAUCCGACAGCGCUAUGGCAAGAUCGGACACGUCGUCUUCAUCGUCCUCAACCUCUGCAACAACGUCUUCGGAUGUGCCUCCAUGAUCUUGACCGGGUCACAAAUCAUCCACGGCACUUCCGGCAUGCACUUCGCCGCCGCAACCAUCCUGAUUCCUCUGGGAGUGGUCCUGUACACCGCAAUCGGUGGGCUCAAAGCCACCUUCCUCACCGAUUUCCUCCACACUACCGUCGCUCUCAUCCUCAUCAUAUAUUUCACCCUCGCCACCCUCACCAACAAACAUGUGGGAGGCCUAUAUGGCCUGUAUGAUAAGAUUCAGGCCACCGCCGCGGCGAACUAUGUCCCUGGCAACUACAAGGGAUCGCUCCUCACGUUCAAAUCGAAGCAAGGCAUCAUCUUCUCCCUGCUCAUCAAGUUUGGAAACUUGGCUCUCGUGGUGAUGGAUACUGCCUUCUGGCAGAAGUCCUUUGCUACCGAGGUCGACGCGACCGUGCCGGGCUACAAUCUGGCCGCCCUGGCCAUCUUCGGCAUUCCAUGGGGUCUGGGGACAGUCAUUGGCUUGACCGCGCGAGCCCUGCAUCAAACACCCAUCUGGCCCACGUAUCCUGCUCCGCUCACGGCGGGAGAGGUCAGCUCCGGGUUGGUCAUGCCGUACGUGCUCAAGGCCCUGGUGGGAAACAGCGGGUUGAUUGCCUUUUUUGUGCUGUUGUUCAUGGCCCUGACCAGCACGAUUUCGUCGUCCAUGAUCGCCGUCAGCAGCAUCCUGUCCUUCGACAUCUACAAGACUUACGUCAACCCCAAGGUGACGGAUAAGAGGCUGGUGCACAUCAGCCAUCUGGCCGUCAUUGCCCAUGCCGUCUUCAUCGUCGCCAUCUCGCUGGCUCUCAACUACGGGGGCGCCGACAUGACGUGGAUCGGCUAUUUCCGGCCCAUCCUCGCGUGUCCUGGCAUUUUCCCCUUGAUUUUCAGCUUGACCUGGCGUGGUCAGACGCGGUAUGCCGCCAUCUUGUCUCCCAUCCUGGGAUUCAUCACCGGGAUCAUCUGCUGGCUGGUUUCGACCAAAACCAUGUACGGCCAUAUCAAUCUCUUCACCACGGAACAAGGCUAUCCCUCCUUGUACGGCGCCUGCGGCUCCCUGUUCUCCCCGGCCAUCUACUCCGUCUUGAUCUCGCUCUAUCGCCCAUACCAGUUCGAUUGGCGCGAGUUCCUCCGCGUCGAACUCCUGGAAGAAGUCAAGUUGGCCGACACUCCGGCCAGCGAGUCCGACGACGAAAGUAGUUCGCAGCCGGAGCCGGAACGCAAAUCCGUCCACGAGUCCGUCCAUCCGGUCCAUGGACUGACCCCGAUCGAGAGGGCUGUCCUCCGCGACCCUGAACACAUCGCAGCCCAUGAGGAGAAGUCCACCACCGUUUCUGCCACCGCCGUCCCGUCCUCCUCCGCCUUGGAAGUCAGCCUCGACGAUAUCAAACAUCCCUUCGACGACGAAACAUUGCGUCAGCUCCACCGAUGGCAUAAGAUCGCCUGGAUCUUCUUCGCCUUCAUCGUCCUGGUCACUUUCGUGGCCUGGCCCAUGCCACUAUAUCGAAACUACAUCUUCACCAAAUCUUUCUUCUCCGGCUGGACGACCGUGGCCAUCACCUGGACCUUCUUCGCCUUCUUCGCCGUCGUCGUCUUCCCGCUCUAUGACGGCCGCCAUGCGAUUGCGAAAGGCACGCGCGGUGUCUGGAAGGCUAUCAGCAGUUGGCUGGUUAGAGGCAAGAAAUGA